GGACUGCUUAACGUUAACUGGCAAUAGAAUUUUAAAUCAGCUGAAGGAAGAAAGGAAAUUGUGAAGACACCAUUUAGUAUACUAGAAACACCAUAAAGCUUUUAUAUAUAUCCAUAAUUUUCCUCUAAAUGAAUACCGGACAUGCUCAAGAAACGAGCGAUACAGAUAAUAUGGGCAAUGAGGCUAAUACUCAACUUUUGGAGUUGCAAGGGGCAUUCAUCGAUGCUCUAACAAAUAUGGGUCUAAUGGGCAAGCUAAAGGCGCAACUCCGAGCAGUUGCGCUGGCAUUGCUUCGUGGUGAUCCGAACCUUAGUCUCGCAGCAGUUGGCCCCACAAAAUCCUUUGUACAUGCUCCAAUAGAAACACAGAUAUCACUCUUAUUAAUAAAUGACUUUCUUACAAAUAAUCACCUCACUCAGACUGCAGGUGUUCUAGAAGUUGAGGCAGGAAUAUCAUCUUGCUCAAGCUGUGCCGAGGAGCAGAUGAGAAGCAGUAUUGGCACCCUCUCUGGAGACGGCACCAUGCUAGAGCGACUCAUUCAUUUCGCUAUUAACGGGAAUCAUACCCCUAAUUCACACUUAUCUGCGUCUCCACAAGCUGCUCUGGUUAAUUCUGAACCAGAACCAAUGCUACCAUCCACGCGAGAUAAGACGUCCGUGGACACUGAAGAAGCUCAAGAAACUUUGCUAGAGCUGUGCAACCCAAGGCUUCACGAUGAAAUAAAUCAGUAUGAAAAAUCCAUAUCAUACAGCGACAUUGAAGAGUGUCUUAACGAAGACUUAUACACUGAAAUAGAAUUAUUUUAAUCAUUAGGGGGUAAAAUCCCCAUUCAAAGCGCUUUGCCGCGUUCAGGUUUGACUCUA